AUGAAGCAUAAUAAGGACUCUUACUACAUGGGAGAAAAUAGAAGAUACACAUCUAGAAGUAGAGAAAAGAUGAUUGGUGGAAGAGGAGGCAUUGGUGGUGGAGAUCAUCGAAAGAAUGAACGUAACUACAGCGGAAAUAGGAAAUUUUCCCAAGACAAUUAUAAUAACAAAAGAAAUGAAAUGCAAAAUAUGGAAAGAAGUAGAAAUUAUUCAAGAGACAGGAAAGAUUAUGCACAACAUUCACAUCGUCAACAUAAUCGUGAACAUGUGAAUGAAGGUAAUCAUCGUGGAGGUCAUAGUCGAAGUCGUACUCAUAGUCUUAGUCCAUAUCAUCACAAAAUUUCACGUGACAAAUAUCAUAAUAAAUCACCCAAGAGGAAUUUUUCGAAAGAGAGAAAUAGAAACGCAACCGUGUAUGAUGAUCGAGAUGGUGAACGAAAGCGUCUGGAGAGGCAGAAGUAUGAGAAGGAGGACAAAAUGAAAUGGGACCCCAAGAGUGGCGAUUAUUACAAUCAUCAAGGUAGGCACGCACAGGAUAGAAAUGCACAAGAUAGAUAUGCACAGGGUAGAAAUGCACAGGAUAGAUAUGAACAUGAUAGAUAUGGGAAUGAUCGACACACAAGAGAGCGUUUUCCAAAUGAGCGCUAUCCAAAUGAGCGCUAUCCAAAUGAUCGCUAUCCAAAUGAUCGCUAUCCAAAUGAUCGCUACCCACAGGAGUUAGCAUAUAGGAGAGAUGCAGAACAGAAUAAUAACAAGGCUUAUGAGUACCAAGAGGAAAGAAUGCAUUUUAGAAAAUAUUCACCAGUUGGAGAAAGACAAAGAUAUAGACAUGAUAAUGAUUUCUAUAGAAUGAACAACAACAAUAUAGGCAUGAUGAGGAGGGAAAAAGGGAGAGAUAUGAGAAAUUUUUAUUAUAAGAAAGCAGAUCCAUGUAAGAUUUUUGUAGGAAAUAUAUCAGCAGAUGCAAGAGAAGAUGAUAUAAGAAGAAAAUUUUCAAAGUAUGGAGACAUUGUAAAUAUGCAAUGGAAAAUAAGAUUUGCAUUUAUAGAAUAUGCCAAAGCAUCACAUGCACAAGAUGCUAUAAAAGAAGAAAAUGGACAUUUUUUUAUGGGAGAAGAAUUAAGUGUUCAAGCACACCAUGCAGGUAGUUAUUUUCAUAACAACAGAAAUGACAAUCGAUAUUAUUUUCACAAAUAUGGAAAUAAUUAUUCCCCUAAUAGAUAUGAAAAUCGAGAGAAAAAGAAUUCCUUACGAAUUGUUGUGAAAAAUGUGGAUGAAAAGGCAAGCUGGCAGGAUUUGAAAGAUUUUGGGAGAGAAGUAGGAUCAGUUAAUUAUGCAAAUAUUAUUCAAGAUGAUAACAGGAAAAAAUUUGGAAUCAUAGAAUAUUACAAUUAUGAAAGUGUGAAAAAAGCAGUAGAAGUUUUAAAUGGUAGAAAGUUCAAUGGAAUUACUGUAGAAGUAAUGAAAUUUUUAGAUUCCCCUCUAUAUAUGAAGUUUAACAAGAAAGACACAAAUUAUCCUACUCACCAUGUUUCUGAUAAAGACAGAAUGUAUGAUCGAGAUGGUUAUGAUGUUGAUAAGAAUGGUCAGAGGAGAAAGGAUCGUUUUCUUGAUAGAUUUAGUGAUGGAAACAGUGAUCAACCAAAUGGAAAAGUGAACACAGAACACAGACGAGGAUCGGGAGUGAACGACAAGAGAAGGGAAGGGAACUCAAAGGAUAAAGAAAAAGAGAAAGAAAAGGAAAGAAAUGAAGAAAUGAGUACGCAAAAUCGAGAAUACAAGAAAGAGGAUGAAGGUAUGGUUAGGCAGAGCCAGUUAAGUGAUAAGAAGUCAAAUGACAAUGGUAAGGAUGAAGAAGGAGAAGUAGAAGUAGAGGAAAAAAAGGGGUUAGAUGAGGUGGAAAAAUUGAGAACCAAAAGGAGAAGCGAGAGAAGUGAGAGAAGUGAAAGAAGUGAGAGAAGCGGAAGAAGUGAGAGAAGCGAGAGACGUAACGAACAACGUGGAAGUAGCAAAAAGAGGAACAAAUACAGAACAGGUGGAGGAAAGGGAUCUUCGACUAGUGCAAGACAAGAAAGGAAUAGCAUAAGUGGUGAAAAUGAAAGUGAGAGAGAAUGUGAAGCUGAGAUAGUAGGAGAUCAACAAAUGUUUGUAAAAGGAAAAGACAAAAAAGAUGAUUAUUUGAUGGAGAAUGAAAGAGAAGAUGCACUUAAGAAUGAUAGGGAAUUAAGUACACGUGGUGAUGAUGAUGAAGAAGAAAAUAUGUAUAAGAGUGAUGAUGAAGGAAGUAUGCUUGGCUCGACAAAUGCAAUAGGUAAGAGUGAAAAUAACUCAGGUCCCAGUUCAAAGGAUGGCAUUGACCGCUAUAGAAGUAGAAGUAGAAGCAGAAGCAGAAGCGAAGCCAGGAGCAAAAGCAGAGGUGGUAGCAAGAGUAGAAGUUUGAGUGUGAAAGUGAAACAGGUAUCGUCUCAUAAGCGAAGCAAGAAAGGAGGAAAAGGAGGAGGAAAAAGGUCUAAUAGAGCUUCACAGGGUUCUAGCACCACACGAAAUUUAAGAGAUAAUUAUUAUGAUGACAAAGUGAACAAUGACAAAUGGUCAACUUCGAAAAAGGCAUGCAUAAAUAAGGGAAAUUCCACCGAAAGCGGUUCUUAA